UUCAAAAUGGCGUUUGCAAGACUGGCCGAAGACAAACAUGUGGUCAUCCUUGCCUACUUCUUUGUGGUUUUUAGUCUUAUCUCUUCUAGUUUUUCUUCCACACUAAAUGUACCUAAAGUGUUAUUACCAUAUUAUCAUGGAGAGAGGCCGAUUAAUUUCACUUUAGAAGCAACAGAUGGCUGUUAUUCAUGGAGAAGUGCUAGACCAGAAAUAGCAUCUGUACAAGCUGUACCAACAGAAUCUGGGAAAUAUUGCUCCAAUAUAGCCACAGUGACUGCACUAUCCAGCCAUCCUACUAGAUUAAACACUAUUGUAUUUGCUGAAGAACAAGGUACAGGCCAUAUUCUACGAUGUGAUGUCAUUGUUGAUGUCAUCAAUUCUAUUGACAUAGUUACCACAACACGUGUCUUGUAUUUGGAUAACUCUCCUGAACAGUUUGAAGUUAGAGCAUUGGAUGAUGAAGGUAAUACUUUUAGCAGUCUUGAAGGGUUGCAGUUUGAGUGGUCUCUCAUUUCUGACACUGAGGGCGACAGAGUCAUUGAUGCCAAUACUAUACUCAGAAUUUUACCUUUUGAGCCAACACCAUACACACCAGCACCAUAUAUUGCAGACAUGGAAAAGCGAGGUCAGCAAGGUGAUGUUAUCCUAGUGGAAGGCAUCAAAACAGGUACUGCUAAAGUUAGUACCAAAUUAAAAGCAUUUGGAUUUCGGGAAGUGAAGCCCAGUAUUGUAAGACUUAUUGUUAUUGAUAACCUGAUGUUAAAUCCAUCUCAUGAUGUCUAUCUACUUGUACAUGCACAAAUACAAUAUGGAGUGGAAAAAUUACGUCAAGGGAAACUGACACCUGUGCGUUUACCUUCCCCACAAUAUUGGCUGGAAGUAAAGGAUAACAAUAUAGCUACAUUAAAUGCCAAGACAUCAAUUGUAACUGGGACCAAGCAUGGACAUACAGAUAUUAUUCUGAAAGAUAUGAAUGUGAGAGAAGAAUUGAGUCAGCCAACUGCAGGCAUUCAUGUUGUGGAACCUGGAUAUUUAGGGUUUGUUGUACUACCUAGUAGAAAUUGGGUUCUUGAGACUGGAAGAAAAUAUGAAAUUAUCAUAGAAGUGUACGAUAAAGACAGUCACAAAAUUCACCAUUCACAGAAUAUACAAAUCAAAGUCGAGUUUGCAAAAGAGUAUUUUGAAGUGUUGUAUUCAUCAAACAAUGGAUCCUAUCAUAUUGUUGAAACUUUGUUACAAGGUGUUACAGAGAUAGAUGCAGCCUUAGUAUCUGUACUCAAACCAGAUGGUGUCAUUGAGAAGUUACCAAUACCUGUUGCUGAUAAGCAAGAAGUAGAAAUAUUCAACCCAAUUGUUGUCUCACCACAAACAGUUGCAUUUCCAUGGCAACCAGGCAAAGAGUCUGCAUAUCAAUAUACAUUACAAGCCACUGGAGGUAGUGGCAAUUACAGCUGGUCUUCAUCUAAUAAGGAGAUAUGCAGUGUGAAUGUACAUGGCACUGUCAGUACAACUCAGGGUGUGGGUGAAACCAUAAUCACAGCAUCAGAUAUCAGAAAUGUCGCUCACUUUGGAACUGCUAAGGUAUAUGUACUUCCACCAGAUGAUGUACAGUUUUUACCAGCUAAGGUGGAAGCUGAGAUUGGUACUACGCUAGAUUUACCAUUGACAGUGAGUACAACUAUCAAGGCUACAGGACAUAAACUACUAUUUACAGAUUGUAGACAUAUUGCUUUCCAGAUUCAUAUUGUGGAUGGCUCUGUAUUCAAACAAGUAUCAGUAAUCAUACUCUCAUCAUUGCUGUAA